UGUGCCUAUGACCAUGGAGAUGAAGGACUCGGGCAGCGUGGUUCUGACAGCCUACCAUCCUCACAGCCCGGCCAGGAUCCCGGGCAUGGAGCAGAGCUUCGUGCAGGACAUCCCCACCGGCCAUUCACCCACCAGCAGAAAGUCUCUCCCUCGUUGUCGAAGAAUUAACAGGAUGCUUUCCAAUGAGUCGGCACCUCCUCCUGCAUUCAGUCGCUCCAACUCGCAGGCCUCCAUGGACAGCACCUCCAUGGAAGACUUCUGGUGCGAAGUGGAGAGCAUCAAGGAGAGCAGUGAAGAUGGAUCUGAAGAAGCAACGCUCUUGGAGUUCAAACCUGCUGACGAAGGUGAGCUGGAGGCAGAAUGGCUGCAAGAUGUAGGCUUAUCUACGUUGAUCUCCGGAGCUGAAGAGGAGGAUGGCCAAGCCCUGCUGUCCACUCUGACACGAACUCAAGCUGCCGCCGUACAGAAGAGGUACAACACCUACACUCAGACUCUGAGGAAGAAGAACAAGCACACAGUCCGGGAUGUGCGAGACAUCUUUGGCACCAAUGACUCUGCUCCCACAUUUGAGACAGUUCCAGUGUCACCAGUUCCUUCUAAUGGUAUCCAGCUUCCUGGGCAGAAGCCAGUUUGGAAAUCAGUUAGCUCUAACAGCUGUCUAGACUGUGGACUAGAUAAAGGCAGCCCAUCCGUAACAGAAGAGCUCUCCUAUGAGGUCUCUUUCUCAGAAGCCAUUACAGUCCUUCCCAAAAGCCAAGAAUGGCCGAAAAACCAGAGGUUCAAAAAGGAAGACUCUGCCUUGCCUAAAUUCAUUGUUCGGAAAAGCCGGUUUGGACUGACAGAGGUUGGAGACCUCUCUGCUGAAGACAUGAAGAAAAUCCGCUACCUCUCCCUAAUUGAGCUAACGGCCUUCUACGAUGCACUGGGGGUGGAGCUGAAGAGGAACCGCGCAGAGAGGGUGCGGGGACGAGAAAAUGGUCUGUUUGGAGUGCCUCUCACCAUACUGCUGGAGAAUGAUCAAAGGAAGGUUCCUGGAAUAAAAGUUCCCCUCAUCUUCCAAAAAUUGCUGCUCAAGCUUGAGGAAACAGGUUUAGAAACUGAAGGAAUUCUACGAGUGCCUGGAUCUGCCUCCAGAGUCAAGAAUCUCCAUCAAGAACUUGAAGCAAAAUUUUAUGAAGACACUUUUGACUGGGACCAAGUACGAAAUAAUGAUGCAGCAGGACUGCUGAAAAUGUUUGUAAGAGAACUCCCAAGCCCACUCUUCACAGUAGAAUACCUGCCUGCUUUCAUCACGCUAGUGGAAAAAAUCUCCAAGAUCAAGUUACAGCUACAAGCUUUGCAUCUGUUGAUCAUGCUGCUGCCUGAAGCCAACAGAGACACAGCCAAGGCCUUUCUUCAGUUCCUGAAGAAGGUGGUUGCUAAUGAAGGGAAAAAUAAAAUGAAUCUGUGGAAUGUUUCUAUGAUUGUUGCACCAAACCUUUUCAUCUACAAAGGGAAACGUGCAAACCAACAAGAAAUGCAAGCAGCCGCCACCACAGCACACAUUGUGCGGCUUUUAAUUCGGUACCAGGACAUCCUGUGGACAGUCCCAUCCUUCCUGAUUUCCCAAGUGAGAAAAAUGAAUGAGGCAGCAAUGAACAACAGCAAGAGGCAGCUGAUGUUUGACAAAGGAGUGAGAAAACUUCUGAGGAGAAAGACCAUGGAACGGGACAGACCUGAAAGACCAGAGGGAGCUGUCACUUUUCCCCCAUACCUGCAGUCUGACAUACCCGAGGGGGUGAUAAGAGUUUAUGCUCCACUGCAUUCAAAAGUCUCUAUGGCAAUUCAACUCAACAGCCAAACAAAAGCCAAAGACAUCCUGGCUCGAUUCCACUGUGAAAACAGCCACGAAUCAUCACAGAACAUGAGAGGCCAGAUCCAAAGUUUACAUGAAAUUGGAGGAAAUAUAGGUCAGCACUGUUUGGAUCCAGAUGCAUACAUGUUAGAUGUUUACCGUGCAAAUCCUCAGGCAGAAUGGGUGAUAAAACCAAAAGCAACCUGA